GCCAGGCUCUCUCUGGCCGCGCGAGCUUGUGCAGCUUGGAAGCGACGCGCAUUUGAGCAGACAUCGACCUUUUCUGUCCACCCUGUUCGCAGGAAGGGGCUGCCCCACGAGCGCGGCUCCCCACAAGCUUCCAGAGAGGUGCCCAGUACUAUGUGCGAUGCGUCCGUGCGCACGAUCGGGCACGACGACGAGGCGUCGCUGUGGACGACCACGAGCCAUUCGACCAUCGGCAUCGACCACCUCAAACAGAAAGGGCCCCAGUGGUACGACAUCGACAAGCGCCGCUGCGGCGAGUUCGGGCCGCUCAUGACGUCCUCGCCGCACAACCCCUUCAUGACGAACGGUAGACAGAGGCCGCCCACGUCCGAAAAGAGCACGGCGACGGUCUACCCGUCGGGCCCGCUGAGCGACGCGGUUGUCUUCGAUUCGCUGAUGACGCCGGCGCUCCGGCCGCGCGACCCGGCGAUGGCGGGCGUGGGUAGAUGCAGCAAGGCGGUGAUCGCGGCGCCGCCGGAUUUAAGUACGACGCGGAAACUCGUCGAGACGCGAAUCAUCCCGAUGAACCACCCUUCACGAACAUCGCGGCAGUUCUCGCUCGUCGACUUCAAGUCGAUUGCCCAGGGUGUGGAUUUGCCGGAGAAGCCCGUGCGGCACCAGGUCCGCGGCGCCGAGUGGACCUUCCACAGGGACUGGGGGCGCAGCGACCACUGGGAGCGGCCGCUGACGCCCGGGUCGCGGCCGACGACGCCGGUGGCGCCCGGGAGCCGGCCGACGACGCCGGCGGCGCCCGGGAGCCGGCCGACCACG